AGCCGCGGCGGCGGCGGCGGCGGCAGCAGCGGGAGCGGCCCGAGCAGGCGGCGGCAGCGGCGGCAUGGGGGACCGGGAGCAGCUGCUGCAGCGCGCGCGGCUGGCCGAGCAGGCGGAGCGCUACGACGACAUGGCCUCCGCCAUGAAGGCGGUAACCGAGCUCAAUGAGCCGCUCUCCAACGAAGACCGAAACCUCCUGUCUGUGGCCUACAAGAACGUGGUGGGCGCGAGGCGGUCUUCCUGGCGCGUCAUCAGCAGCAUCGAGCAGAAGACCAUGGCCGACGGCAAUGAGAAGAAGCUGGAGAAGGUGAAGGCCUACCGCGAGAAGAUCGAGAAGGAGCUGGAGACCGUGUGCAAUGACGUGCUGGCGCUGCUUGACAAGUUCCUCAUCAAGAACUGCAACGACUUCCAGUACGAGAGCAAGGUCUUCUACCUGAAGAUGAAGGGCGAUUACUACCGCUACCUGGCGGAGGUGGCCGCGGGCGAGAAGAAGAGCAGCGUGGUGGAGUCCUCUGAGGCCGCCUACAAGGAGGCUUUUGAGAUCAGCAAGGAGCACAUGCAGCCCACCCACCCCAUCCGGCUCGGGCUGGCCCUCAACUUCUCCGUCUUCUACUACGAGAUCCAGAAUGCCCCUGAGCAGGCCUGCCUCCUGGCCAAGCAGGCCUUCGACGACGCCAUCGCCGAGCUGGACACGCUCAACGAGGAUUCCUACAAGGACUCCACCCUCAUCAUGCAGCUGCUGCGGGACAACCUCACCCUCUGGACGAGCGACCAACAGGACGAGGAGGCCGGAGAAGGCAACAACUGAGCGGCCGCGGCGACUCCGGCCCCGCCCCCGCCCCCCCAGCCCCGCGCCGUCCCCGCCGUCGUCAUCGCCGCGUCCCUUGCCACGGUCCCUCGAUAUCUAGUGCUAAACAUAUCCGUAUCGUCCACACAGCGACUCCCACGAAUCAGGAAGCAGCCCCAGACGAGGCGUCCUGGGCAUCACCGGGUGGAUGGAUGGUUGGAGCCCACGCGAGCUCCCUCCCUCCCUGGGCUGUGCACACAGGAGGCUCUUGAACGCAGGGGAGCCGGUGAAGGGAAGGAAGGGAGGGAGAAAGGAAGAGAUUGGAAGGAGAAUCAGCCUACAUUGAUGUUAAAGAUCUGUCCCGUUUCAGCUGCGCUCAUAGUGUUUUGUUCAGCAGUACGUCACCUGCAUGCGGAAUACGUUGACUCCCCCCCCCC